AUGACGGGCAACACGCCGCCACAUAUCCUGGUGAUCCCAUUCCCAGCUCAAGGCCACAUGAUACCCCUCCUCGAUCUAACCCACAAACUCGCCACCACCAACAAAAACAUCACCAUAACCAUUCUCACUACCCCAAAAAACCAAACAUUCCUAACCCCUCUUCUCAACUCCCACCCGUCAACCAUCCACCCUUUAAUCCUCCCUUUCCCAUCCACCCCUUCCAUCCCCCAUUCUGUCGAAAACGCCAAAGACUUACCUAACUCAUUUAUCACCUUCAUCCUCUCUCUUUCAAAUCUCCACCACCCUCUUCUCCAAUGGUUCCACUCCCACCCUUCCCCUCCUCACUACAUCAUCUCCGAUAUGUUCUCCGGAUGGACGCAACAUCUCGCUUCUCAACUCAACAUCCCUCGACUCGUUUUCUCUCCUUCCGGUGCUUUCGCUUUCUCCACCAUCUGUUUUCUAUGGAAGAAUCUCCCAACUCUAGUAAACCCAAUCCACGAAAACGAGCUUCUUUCUUAUCAUAACAUUCCGAAUUCCCCAAAAUACCCUUGGUGGCAAGUUUCUCCUUUGUUUCGUAGCUAUAUCCCUGGCGACACUGAUUCGGAGAAACUGAGGGAUUUCUUUCUUUGUAACAUUCAAAGCUGGGGACUUAUUGUUAACACGUUUGAUGAAUUUGAAAAGCCGUAUAUUGAUUAUCUGAAAACCGAAAUGGGUCAUGAUCGUGUGUGGGCGGUUGGACCAUUACUCCCUAUGGAUGAUUCAUCUGCCAUGGCCUUACAAAGAGGUGGGUCUAGCUCUGUUUCAGCAAACGACAUCGUUUCAUGGCUUGAUCAACGACAAAACAGGAAAGUGGUGUACGUGUGUUUCGGUAGUCAAACUAUUCUUACUAAGGAUCAAACAGAUGCUAUUGCUUCUGCGUUGUCGAAAAGUGGGGUCCAUUUUAUAUGGUCGAUAAAAGAUGCGAAGACAAAAAACGAGAAUGAAGAUGCUGUUGUUGGAAAUGGAAGAGGUCUUGUGAUUAGAGGGUGGGUCCCGCAGGUGUUGAUACUGAGGCAUAGGGCUGUGGGGGCGUUUUUGACUCAUUGUGGAUGGAACUCGGUGCUGGAAUCGGUGGUGGCUGGGGUUCCGAUGCUUGCGUGGCCAAUGACUGCGGAUCAAUAUGUGGAUGCUACGUUGGUUGUGGAUGAAUUGAAAGUGGGUAAGAGAGUGUGUGAGGGUGGUGAAAGUGUUCCUGACUCGGAUGAGUUGGGUCGAGUUUUGGCUGAGUCGGUUGGUGGGAGUGGGGAGGAAAUUAGGGAGGCAUUGAAAUUGCAGCAAGCGGCGUUGGAUGCUAUUAGAGAAGGUGGAAGUUCUGAUAUGAAUUUGCGAUGUUUGAUGGAACAACUUGUUAACGUUUAG